UUUAUUUUGACAGGUAGCAUAGUGUAUUAGCUGCAAUGGCUAACGGCUAACCAGCGACACCAGCUGUAUUUCCGAGCUGAAUUAAUCACUGUUUUUUAAUAACAGGUUGAUUUCUUGGUGCUGGUUAGAGUGGGUAGGAUCUGUGGUUUGAUAUUUGAUGUGGAUUACGGCUGUAGUUUACUUGAGAUGUACUUAUUACAUUCAUAAUGCGGGAAUGAGGCUAGCUAGGCUAACAGACUGCAGAUGUUAAUGGAGAUAGCUAACUGCUGAUGCUAACUGUUUUUCUGAACUAAAUUAAUCGCUUUUUUUUACCAGCAGAUGGGUGUGUGUUUGUGCUUUGUAGAUCCUGUUUUAUAGGAUAUGUGGAUUAUGACUAUAGUUCACUCCAGUCUGUAUUUAAUAUCUUUACAACACUAGAAUGCAGCUUUCGGUUCAGUGCUAGCUAGGCUAACAGACUGCUGGUGUUAAUCUGUUCACCCCUCGAACGCUGACUUUACAAAUAUUAUGCAUAGCUGUUUGGUAUUUCCAAAGUGAAAACUCUCCAGACAAUUGCCAUUUUUUCUAGUCAGCCGCAGACUGAAGCUGCUGGGGGUUCAGGAUAAACUGUGCAACUGGAAUCCGGAUCAGUGAUUCGUUUCGUGUAAACAUUACAGCGGGUUUAUUAUCUAGCUCAAGCUGCGGACUGAAAUAUGGAUCGGUGCUGUUAUGCAGCGCAGUUGCCGGUUGUGUGACCUGGUUGGUUCUUUGGCUCCAGGGCUCCACCCACUUGAAGGGAAAUCAUUCUAUCUGGAUGAGGUGAAGAGCCGACCAUCAGAUGUCAUCACUGAGGUUCUCGCUCGCCUAGGAGGGAAAGUGGAGAGUUUUCUCCAUAAAGAUGUGGGCGUGGUGAUCACGGGCAACAGAGAGGUUCUGACUGACAGGCUUCUGGAUCAGUCCUCAGCUGCAUUUGGAAAGGUCAAAGAUGAAACUGUUUGUUCUUCUUACCGUCAGAGAGAGAAGGAUAACAAUGAUCAGCGACUGGGAACCUCAAGACCACCAGUGUGCGGGAGCCGUGGAAAGGCUUUGUUGGAAAAAGCCAUCCGCAGUCAUGAGAAGUCUCAGGGCACUGUACUGGCUAACGCCCGCUCUUGGGGAGUGAAGAUAGUGGCUGUAGAAAAUUUUCUAAAGUGUGUUGAUCAGCUGACUUUUGAACUUUCUACUCACAAAAGCAAGAGAAAUGAGAAGAAAGCAAGUGAAUCGUCAGCACUGCGCAUCGUCAAAGCAUGUGCACUCAAAGCUGAUUUCCUCAAAGUAGAGGACACUAGCAGAAAGUACAGACCACUGCAUGCCCAGUCUUUGAGUUUAACCAUGCUGAGCUACACGGGCAGGUUUACUCCGUUUGAGCCGCCGGCACCCCCACAGACCGUAAAAAAAAGGGAGGGUGAACUCAGCCAGGACACACUGGGUAAAAACGAAGAAGAGCCCAUUAGCAGCUAUGAUAAACCCUCUGCUCCUCUCCUACAUUCACCUUCUCCCAGACCAGCACGCAAGAAGAGCCUGGGCUACUGUGAAUGCUGCCAGAUAAGCUACAAAGAUCAGGAUGAGCACUUGCAGUCAGAUGUGCAUCGGCAAUUUGUGGAGGACAUUAAUAACUAUGCUGUUGUAGACCAGUUGGUGGAUGGCAUGACUGCAGAUUUUUUACGUUGUCCCGAUCAACAGGAUGACAAACGAAUCACUGGGUCGCCACACUGCCCUCCCGCACCUGUAAGACCUUCUGCACAGUUGGAGCACCUGACAAGAAGUGAAACAGAAAGAGCCUGCCAAGCUAUUACCAACCAAGCUACUGAUCAUCUGUUGGCAACCAUAAGCACAAACACUGUAAAUACCGAACAAGCGUUUGAUCCUGUUUGUGACCCUCUAAUCCAGGAAACUGUUUUAGAUGGACCACCUCAGACAUCCUUUGAAUCCAAAAUUGUGGACGAAAAAGUAAACGUCCAUUUGCUCUUACAACCAAGACCUGAAACCCAUAUCCUCAAUCUCUGCCUAAAUGACACUUCCUGUGCUAUUCCUGACUGUGAACUCCUAUCGCAAAUUACAAAACCUGUUUCAUAUUCUUCACACAAUACUGAAUUGGACGGUCAGCUGGCAGGAGUUGACCAGUUUUGUCCAAAACAGCUUCAAAGGCCUGCUCCUUCUGUAGUUGACAAUGAAUGUUUGUCACCUUCUUCAAAUAUUCCCCAGCAGCAGCUCUGCAAAUGCCAUAAUAGAAAAUCUGCUCUUGCUGAGCGAAGAGAUGUCCAAAUCCCAGCUGAAAGUAUUGAGUUACCUUUAAACGUAUGUUUGACAGAAAGGGACCAAAGCACAGAGAGAAAGUCAUCAGUGGAUGUGUCCUCUUGCUUUGUAUCAUCCCACUGUUGCACAUACCUGUCGACUGCAAUAAACCCCAGGAAGCGUAGCAGGUCCUUCACCUUCAGCCCCAGGCGAUCAAAGAAGAUGAGGAUGUGCUGGUGGUUGGGACAAAAGUCAGAUCCCACAUAUCAGAAUGUUGCCAUCAGUAAAAAAUAUGGUGCAACACACAGAGCACCAUUAAUUCAGUGUGGACUGCUGUCUGUGGCAGAGAAAAGUGUGGCCAAUGUUCCACUCCCCAUCAAUCCUCCCCCAGCAAAGCCCUUUCAGCAGAGCUUUCACACCAACACGACUUUUCGAGAAGACUGCCUUUUAAUCCAUCAGGAUCAACGUAGUAACUGUGAAGCUCAGGAACGGCAGGUAACUGAACCCUACACAAACAGAACCUCUAAGUUUGAAUUUCCUGCUCCUGCAGUUACUAGAGAUAUGUCCUCAGAACUGGGGCCGCCUCAGCUGCACCCAUUUUAUCAUGAGGAUAUUCAGGUUCAGCAGACUUUUCCUUACCCUCCUAAACUUGUCCCUGCUGUCUCUCUUAUUUUUCCCUCCGAGAAACCUGCCCAAAUCCCCGCAAGUCAUGAGUCCAGCACUUCCCUUCUUUCCCAGUCCUUUUCUUCCGUCUGCAUUGAGUCUGCUCUCAUCCCAGACAUCACCUUUUCCCCAACCUCUUCAGAGUCAGACUGGGACUCAGGCCUACUGUCCCGCUUGGCACCUUCAGUUCAGCUCCAGCCCAGAGGAGGACACUAUGAGCAGGACCUAGGGAAUUUGCUGCAGAGGUCAUGUGUUGGGGUGCAGGAUGGAAGCUAUGCGUCACAGCUGUGUUCCGUGCUGCAGCCCACUGUUUCUUCUAACACUGCUUUUAGAGACGCAGUGAACCUAAACACACUCUACAGGCCAAUCGAAACCGUGGACAGACCGAUCAUUCAGAGCCUGGGAAUGUAGCGCUUUAAUGGAAUUUAACUGAAUCAUGAAAUAUCUUAUGCUAAAAGUGAUAUGCUGUAUUAUGAGAGUUACAGCUUAGAGCUUGCUUGCCGGUUAGGGAUGCUUUAUCAUCUUUCUAUUUUAUGGCCUUAGGGAAGUUGAAAAUAGCAAAAGCAGCCAGGGUGGUAAUUAGAAAAAACAGUUUCUGCUGAAAUCACUUGAUCUGGCAGUUGUUUAGUAAGCAGUUCCUUGAAUCCUUAUAGAACAUUUGAGGAAUAACGCUCCACAUGUCUAAGUUGUUCCAGACCGUCUGCCUCAGAUGCAAAAAAAAUAAGCUCUUUCAUAAUCAUUAAUAAUCAAUCAGUUACACAUCUCACACUGAUGCUACUCUAUUGUGCAGCUCGGAUGUCCUGUCUUAUAAUUAGGUGGCUUUGAAUGCCUCUCUCUGCCUUCCACAUCUCCUCUGCUGACCUUUUGGCCGACCUGGGCUGUACAGACCUCCUCCCUGCAGGUUCACUCCGAUCUUUUCAUCAGCAGUAUACAGGAACAGGCUCUGGUUUUGAGAAUUUAAUGAGGUUUCUCCGGUGGGGGCAAUACUCAAUUAGUUUAAGUGCUGUGUCUGGCCUGUUUCCCAUUUACGGAUAGUGGCUUUGGUGCGACAGACGUGUAGUGAAUAAGCUGGUGUGUCAGCAUUGUGUUUUUGCACAAAAUGUGAGAGAACAGACAAACUUUGAUAAAUGGAGGAAUAUUUGAGUAUUUGAUCACUACCUACUCAAACAGUGUCUGAGAUUUAUGGGACAUUGUUGUAGAUGACUGCACCAGGACCUUAAUAAAAUAUGCAGUGUGACUACUGACAAUGCACUACUAGUUAACUCUUAUCAACCGGUAUCGCUAGCAGUGCUUACCUAUAAAAAUGCUAGCUGAUAUGUAAAUGUUAACUGAAAUGCAGUACGCUCAAGUGUAGCAUUAUUCCCAGCUUCAACAUCCAACACUUGAGGUAAAGGAAACACUUUGUCCGAACUGUAUGAAUUUGGGAGGUUUUGGAAUCAGUUCCAGAAGGUUCAGUGUUGGCCCCAAACUAGCCAGCUGGAAUUGAGUUCUUAGAAACCCCCAUUUGGCUUUUUGUGGUUUAUCUCCCAUGUCUAGGACGUAGGAGGCAGCAGCCAGUCACUGCGUUAUAGUUUGGUGUAGAGUGCUACCAGACUAAUACAGUUUUGUUUGCGUUUAGUGUUCGGAUCUAGUGGUUUUUGGACCUGAUGUCAGUUCCUACAGUUGUGCUCCAGCUUAGUGUUUUGGGAUCAGGAAUAGAUUAAAGCUAAACAACUGCCAACUUCACUAUUAAAUACAUCUGUAUAAAUUGUACAUCAAUUUACUUUCAUGUUUAUGUAAGUUUGCGUCUGAAAGGAUUAAGGUGCAGUUAAAGUACGAGGUACUGGAAAUGCAGCUAAUUUUGUUUUGUUUCAUUUUGAGAUAUUUGUCAUUUUGAGUUUAAUGUAUGUUUUUCUUUUGGAAAAGUAACAUUUUUUCAGUGUCCAGCUCACAAACCUGUAGCAUUUUAUUUGCUCAGGGUUUUUUUUAUUGUGUGCACUUUUAUGAAUUAAUAAAAAAACAUUAAAAUAUGUGUUGA